AUGCUUGAGACCUUCGCAGUAGCCUUCUCCAACCUUCCCAGAUGUUUCCAGCUAGGCUGCCUCAACCAGGUAGACUCAAAGCUACCCAUCUGUGGGCUUCUCCUUCUCAAGACUCACAAUUCUCCAGGUCCAGUGCCUCUAAGAUGGCCAAAUCCCUUCCAGGUGAUCCAAGGCAACACAGAUACCUACGAGGUUGUGUUGAAAGAUCUUCGCCCGCCCAUCAUCGCUCGCUACAUCCGUGUGAUCCCAGUGACGGAGCAGCCCAUGACAGUCUGCAUGAGAGUAGAACUCUACGGUUGUGUCUGGUCUGAUGGCCUGGAGUCCUACAGCAUGCCCGAGGGGGAAACCAUGGUGGACUCUGGCAAUCCUCUUGUUUAUCUAAAUGACUCGAUCUACGAUGGUCACCAGGAACGAAA